GGCCACAGGGGUGCCACCAACACAAGCUGAGAUGAAAGGCUCCCCCGGGGUAGCCAGGGAGGUCCAGCCGUCAUGGCGGCGCCGUGACGCUCACAGAGUUUCUUGAGCUGACAUUUAGCCAACACAUGGUUGUCAGCUUGUCACUCCCACCCGGCGCGGCUGUGGGUGGCGUGAGGAACAUUACAGCGAGAAUCUUCUCCAAACGCCGCCACGCCCAGCUCGCCCACUUCUUGUGCUGCUGACGCGGCCUGAGACUUCCCUCGGCGAUCUGUCUCCGGGAUAGAUCGGUGUCAUUAUGACUUUGAAAAUUGUUGCGCACCGAGAACCUCACACUUGUACCGCCGCUUCUCUUCCUGUGCAGCACCCCAGUCACCCCGACCCCCCAGCACCCCAGCACUACCGGCUCUUCUUCCUCCAGUGCUCAUCCACUCUGCUCCGCUCCGCCUCCUCUCGCCCCCCCACACUUACCUUCACUAAAGUACUGUUGGAGAGUCCCGGAGAGUCUCACCGUGAGGUGUAAACGAAACUAUGUUUUUCUUGCGUAAAGAUUUUCCCAGGCUGGUGGAGGCGCCUCUCGCCGCCCACCGACAGAACAGGUUCCUGGAGCCGCCGCCCCGGGCGCUCCCUGGCAGGGGUGAGGCGGCACACGCUUUUUCAUGUACGGCGGCGAAUGCGACACUGACCGUAUAUUAUUGUUAUUAUUCUACUUUCUUGAAAUUAUGUCGUCGGGGGAAGCAGACCCGUGGGGUUGUGCCGCAACUCCCCCACCUGAUGACCCGGGGCCGUGAGGCAACGGUCUCCGCGGCACUGACGGCACUGGCAGCGGUAGUGAGGCAGCCUCACCAUCCCGGAACAAAUCUUUCUUUACGAGCAGUGAUAGCAGUGAUAACACGCCUCUCAGCAGUGUCAGUGUUGGGUAAGUGUUCUGCAACACUCGCCACUUGGUGUGCUCCAGGCCGCGGCGCGCACCGCAACACACCACAACUUUUCCUCCACCGUGCUCCUGUUGUCCUCACGCUUUAUGUUCACUGGUGUCGAAAGUGAGGAAUGGCUCCCCUGCGUUGCUUCCUGAUCUCAAGUGGGGCAGCGUGUGGCUCCCUGGGGUAAGCAUGAUGCCGCCCACCGGGGAGGCAGGGUGGCGCGGUGCUGGAGAAGCGGCGGCAUCAGGUAGGGGGACUGAGUCUGAACGUGGGAAGCCAGUUGGCUCUGAGCCGUGAGAGUGUGAGGGUGUUGCUGCUGCCUCGCGCCCGCCCGGCCCCACGCGCUUCUCUCCACUGACCAUGUGACCCGCCUGACUCGCGUGUCGCCUAGGUCACUCCUCGGUGCCCUCCAGUGGCCGCAGCAGGUGCUGGAGGACAGUGCAGUGAUCAUGUUCUAUGGUGUCUCACUCUUGUGACAACGAUAAUGAGUUAGGAAAAAGAUGUUUGCCUCCCGCGGCUGACUUGUGUAUAAUACUUAGUGAAUAAUUGAUGCUGCAAGAUGAUUUGCAACAGCGGGUUGCUUAUCACCAGGAAGCUGAAGGAGCUUAUGUCCGGCGGGGACCUGGCCCCCAGCAGGCGUCCCCCGCCCACCAAGGCCGUCCUGCCUCCCAUCAGUGCCGAGCCCACUCGCCUCCCCGCGCCCCCGCACGAGCCUCGCUCCUCGUCACCACCUGAGGACUUUUUCAAAUCGAGCGUCGAGAUCUUGGACUCCUGGGACACCUUUGAGAGCCCGGCGGUGGUGUGUGCCUCGCUUGACCCGACGCGCCCCUCGGGCUGUGCCUCCCUGAACCGCCCCUCAAAACCUCGAGCUGAGUUCACCAAGAUCAACGGCAAGACAGUGAGGCUGUACUCCAGCCUGCCCCGCCACAAGCCGAAAGGUCUCUUCACGCCCCACCUGCCGACCACCCACCGACAGCACCCCAGCAGGGACCCGCCUGCACGCCCGCCGUUGGAGGUGGGCGUGGCGAGUCGCAGAGAUGACUCAGGCAACGCUAACUACGUGGCCUUAUCAGACAUCUACGCUGAGCUGCCCCGUAAAAAGAAGAAACCGUGCAUGGUCGAUGACUGUAGCUCCGUCCACCACCACUCCGAGUCUGAGCCUCACCCAGCCCCUCGUGUUGCUCACGCUCCCGCCACCGCCACGGUCUCAAAGUCUUCCUCCACAAAGAGUCUCACCAAGAAAUUCAACACGCUUGACUUCUCUCGGAAGAAGCACGAGAGGCUGACUGUUUUCCAGAAAUUCAGCUCCCUGGACCGCGGGUGGCGCUCCUUCGUGACGUCCAGGAAAAGCAGCAGCAGCAAGGCCUCGCCCUCAGAGCCGCCGCCGGAGCGGGAAGAGUCACAGGCGCCGAUCCUCUCCGUGUGGAGGGAGGGCGAGCACCGCCGGGAGGCCGCCGACACCACCUCGCUGACAGAAACUGUUGGCACCCACCGCCGCCAGUACCUCCAUCAUUACGAGCAGCGGCAGUACUACCACCACUAUCACCACCAGGCUGAACAACAACAGCAAGAACAACAGCAUCAACAACAACAACAACAACAACAACAACAACAACAACAACAACAACAACAACAACAACAAGCACACUAUUACGAAUACCAUCAACAGAAUCAUGAGCACCGCCAACAAAAGCGACAAUAUCGGCAUCAACAAGAGUACCAACAACAACAACACCAUCACCACCACCACCAUCACCAACAACAACAGCAACAGCAGCAACAGCAACAACAACAAGAGAAUAACCAUAACCAUUACCAACACCCACGUGAAUACCAACAACAUCAACACCAAUAUCAACAACAACAAACCCAACAACAACAACAACAACAACAACAACAACAACCAGUACCAGGCCGUAAGGUGGUGGAGGACUCAAGCACGAACCAAAAGGACACACGGGGAGCCACACAUGCGGAAGACACCAAGAAAUCAUCUCCGGACAGCACUCAGACCAAACCGGAGGAGACGAACGCUGGAGUGCCACAAGAAGGGGACCACCGGGGCGGCCCUAGAGACGAGCCUAACGAGUGCCCUUAUCAGUGCCACACCCUCCCUAAAGCACGAUGAGACUUGGCAAAACCCCCAGCAACACCCCAGCAACACCCCAACAACGCCCCAGCAACACUCCAGCAACACCCCAGCAACACCCCACCAACACACCACCAACACAUCAACAACACACCACCAACACCAUUUUUUCUUUUCAUUUAUAGUUCGACCCAUUCACUUCCCUUGCUAGUUUUUCCAGACUGAAGCACCCACCUACCUAUUAGUUAGUCUGAGUAAGUAAAGAUAUAAUUACGAGUGGACGAGCGACCAGAAGUGAUUUUUAACAGGUUUAAUGCAAAAAAUAUCAUCGUAUGUUUAAUGCAAUCUAGUGACGUCGAGAGUCAAACAAAACAGCUGGCUUGUCACUGAAGGGUUCGUGGCCUCACCACCCACAAGUAUGAGUGACGGUAACACAAAGAUGCUGUCACUCCCCGCCGCCGCCACAGAUCGUUUCCUCAGCCGCCCACACAGUGCCGGCGGGGAAGGUCUGGGCCGCCGCAGUGACCACGCGUCCCCCUCCCUUCCACCAGGGCGGCCUUGUCUUACGCUUCAUGUCUUGC